AAAGCCGUGCUUCGUCUUCAGUAGUUCAGCGGGCGUAGCGCAUUUAACUUGUGAUUUCGUGAACUUGCUUUCCGACGAUUAUCAGCGCGCAUCAAGUGUGUGAAGUACAAGUUUAUUAAAAGUAAUUAAUAAAGGGACAACCGAUAUAAUAGUGAAUAAAUAUCACGAAAUGAGUUUUGAAACAGAAGAUGAAAUGACUUCUACCGGUCUCGCCCCGAUGGGUCGUCACGGACCGUCGUUUUCCCUACUUAUGAAAAGUAACCCCAAUAUGGACAAUACUCCCGUGUCGGUUGAAAAGAACGGCAUCAACGAUGCAGUGACCAAAGUCCUGAAAGGAUACGACUGGACACUAAUGCCUAUUGCGACUAAAUCCACUUCAGACAAACGAAAACUUCACGUGAAGCGUCCCAUGAAUGCAUUCAUGGUGUGGGCGCAAGCAGCUCGAAGAAAACUUGCCGACCAACAUCCACAUUUGCACAACGCUGAACUGUCGAAAACACUUGGAAAACUUUGGCGGGACUUGAGUGACGUCGACAAGAAACCAUUCAUCGAGGAGGCCGAACGUCUACGCGUGAUUCACAAACGCGAACAUCCGGACUACAAGUACCAGCCGCGAAGACGCAAACCGAACAAGACCACCCCGCCAGAAAUAUCUACCAAUGUGCCCUAUCAGCGCUACAUGAAGCAAGAGGACUCGCCAUGCAGUACCCGCAGUCAGUCCACAUCACCAUCAAGCUGCGACCGACAGAGUCCUAUUUCAUGUGGAAUUACGACAAUUUCUCCCUCACAACCUAUGAUCUCUCCGGAGCAAAAGCUACGAACGAAUUUACUUCAAACCAACACUUCAGAAUUGUCCCCGAUUAAUCAACACGCAGACUAUAACUUUAUAGAUGAUGACUUUACUUAUUCCCCGGAGUUGUACCCUACUUCGUAUUACCCUGGACAGGAAACAGAUACGGACAUCGAGGCGAACAAUAAUUGCAAACCGAAGCGUCUGUGCCUCGAUGCUGGCGCCGCGCAUGUAUCAGACUACUACACUCAGAGAUACGAACAACAAUUAGCGAAACCUCAAACAGGAGUACAAAUCGGGCGCUACCCGACGACGACGAGCUACUUGGUGCAGAACAAUUCAGCAAGUUUAUAUUCGCCUCCUAUCAACCAGUCGCAACAGUAUUUGGUCGAUUCACCCUAUCAGUAUUUUCCGGAAGCAAGUAACACGCUGCCAUUUUACACCUCCGAGCAGCAGCAAACGAUUGAAUUUAAUAAUUAUUAAGUGCAGUUAUCCUGUUUCAUCUUUCAUAUAACUUCUCUUCAUAAUUUUCAAUUUCCACUGCAUCAUUCUUCGAUAUUGUUAAGAAUCUCUUAGUAUUAGUUGAUAUUAUUUAACGUUUUCGAUAACGUUUUUAAUUUUUAAUACUAUAUUUUUAUUAUUUUAUGAUGAAUAUACAUAUUAUUACAAGCA